AUGUCCGGGUUUACUAUCGUAUUGCCGAACACGUCCUUCAAUCCACCAUCGCCCAAAGACGAAUGUCUCUGGUGCUCGUUGGCUGACUGUUCGAACGGCUGUGCCUCGUUGACCGCGUUCAAAAUCGGGUCGUGCACGUUCUGGGACCGCAUCUUCAAUCUUUUGGCGUCAUCAUCGGUGAUCUUCACCUUGAGCUUUUCGUUGGACGAUUGA